GGAAUAUAGAAAGAGUUAACAAUUAAUGAUGUGAUCACAUUUCAGAUAAAAACUGCUUUCAAAUACUUGUACAAUUUUAGAGGCGACCGAAUAAUGGAAUGUUUUUAUUUUUAAUUUGUUUUAAGUAGUAUUAUGUCAGAUAUUUCAAUGUACAAUGAUUUGCGUUCUUAUUUUUCUUUUACAUGAAGACUACAUUUACCUAUAGUAAGAAUAUGGUGACAAUAAAUAUUGCAAAAUCAUGUGGUCAAAUGAAUGAAACUUGUGUAAAUAGAUACAUUGCUUGGUAUAAUACAACAACGGAAGAAGAUUGUUGUAUUACUGACUUAUGCAAUGCAUCUAACAUUAAAUUGUCAAAGUCAAUAUUUUGUCUUUUCAUAUCUGGUUUAAUCAUCUUAUUAACUUGUUAAGUGUUAUAAUACUACUCACACAAAGUAUACUUUUAAAGGACACAUACUACCAAUGAACAACGGUCAAAGAUAAACAUAACUUUUUAAUAAAACAUUGGAAUCAAUUUGAUGAAGUAUUAUUCCGCUUGUUUACUUUAUUGUUGCUUUUUUCAUUAAUUUUUAAUGAGCUACAUUCAUUUUAUCAUCCACACACUAUUGUUUGCACACGAGUUACUUUGUAUUGAUUUUUUAUUUGCUUAAAUCUCACGAAUGUAGUAAGAUGACCUAUUGAUUAAUCCACCUGACCAUGAAUUAUGAGCUAAUUAUGAUGAGAAUUGUUUGUAAUAGGUGACCUACAGAUACAUAUUGUUUUUCAAAUAAAGAAGUCGAAUGCCAUUAUCUAUAAAGUUAUUUUGGCGAGAUUAUAAUUUGUAGACGAACCAAUCAGAUUAAAGAUAGCAGGUCUUAGAUUUUGGUGCGAGAUUCAUCCACUCCACCCAAAUACCAUUUCAGCAUUAUAGUUGAUGUCAGUUCGUGAUGAAAACAUUAAAUAUAAUUUCUAUCCCUAACGUUCAACUGUAAAUCCUAAUCAUAGUUCCUCGCACUAAUUUAUAGCCCUGGUAAGUAGAUGGACAUUUUCAAGGUCAUUUUAGCGUUGCUCAAAGGUCGUC